UCAAAUGACCUUUUUUGUUUGAGUGAAAGACCGCCAAAUAUUGUUGACAUCUUAAACACGAGUAGAAUUUAAUAACAAAUCUGUGAUUUUCAAAGAUCACCCUAAUUGCUUCGAUGAACUAAUGAGUGUUUCUCUAAAGAUGUUUAUGAACUGUCCUGUUGAAAAUCGGAGACAAUCAUGGCUUAACCUCUAAAGGAAGUAUGCGGUUUCGAUUAUUCAGAAUUUGUCUGAGAAUCAGAAAAAAUUUUGAGGGAUACGCCAGGGGAUUUCACCUCAAUCCCUCAAAUUGUGAGAGAAAGUGUUCAGAGGAAGUUAUGAAGGUGUUGAAUGUUGCUGAGAAAAAUGAUGCAGCUAAGAAUAUCGCUGGGUUGUUAUCCAGAGGUGCAUCGAGACGAAGAGAAGGCUUAUCAAAAUUCAACAAAAUCUACGAAUUCGAGUGUAAUUUAUGGAAUCAGAACUGCAAGAUGGUGAUGACCUCGGUCUCGGGCCAUUUAUUAAAUCACGAAUUUUUGGGAUCAUACAGAAAGUGGCACGGAUGUCAUCCUCUCUCGCUUUUCGAUGCACCUGUAGCAAAACAAUGUUUAGACGAUAAUUACGUGAAGAUAAAAAAUACAAUCGAAAGGGAAGUGAGAACCUGCGGGGCUCUGAUCAUCUGGACCGAUUGUGAUAGAGAAGGAGAAAAUAUUGGAUAUGAGAUCAUCCAAGUGUGUCAGGCUGUCAAGCCGAAUAUCAGAAUUUAUAGGGCUAAAUUCUCCGAGAUCACAGCAACAUCGAUAAAUCGAGCGAUCCAAACCCUGGGGGAGCCGAACAAACAAGUAAGUGAUGCAGUGGACGUUCGUUCAGAACUGGACCUCCGAAUAGGGGCAGCCUUCACUCGAUUUCAAACCAUGCGCCUGCAGAAAGUCUUCCCUCGUACCCUCGCCGAGAUGUUGAUAAGUUACGGAAGCUGUCAGUUUCCAACUCUGGGAUUUGUCGUCGAGAGAUUUCUGGCCAUCGAGCGAUUCAAAUCCGAGCCUUACUGGAAGCUCAAGGUCAGCGACAAUCAUGACAACAUAAACGUCGACUUCCGCUGGGCUAGGCACAGAUUAUUCGAGAAAAUUCCAUGCCAGGUGUUUCUGGACAUGUGCCUGGAGAAUCCAGACGCUAAAGUAGAGAAGAUCACGACGAAACCUAAGAGUAAAUGGCGUCCAGUGCCGCUGGAUACUGUGGAGUUGGAGAAGCAGGGGUCGCGGAAGCUGCGAAUGAAUGCUAAGGAGACGAUGAAAAUUGCGGAGAGACUGUACACCCAGGGGCUUAUCAGUUAUCCAAGAACUGAAACCAAUAUUUUUCCACAGGGGUUGAACCUUCAACCCCUCGUGGAACAGCAGAUGAAUCAUCCCGAGUGGGGGAAUUUUGCUCAACGAGUACUCAAUGAUGGAAUUACCCCUCGACAAGGAAAGAAAAGUGAUCAGGCCCAUCCCCCCAUUCAUCCCACAAAAUUCAGCGAUUCACUCCAGGGGAAUGAGGCGAGAGUCUAUGAGUUUGUGGUGAGGCAUUUUCUUGCCUGCAUCUCGAAAAAUGCUGAGGGAUUUGAGACGACUGUUGACAUUGAUAUUGCUGGCGAAAAAUUCACGACAAAUGGACUGCAGAUCAUUGCGAAAAAUUAUCUGGAUGUCUAUAUUUACGAGAGGUGGAAUGCCAAGGAGAUUCAUCUUUAUGAGGAGCAGCAGGUCUUCAGGCCCACGGACAUAUCAAUGGUCGAGGAGAAUACCUCUCCUCCGAACCUCCUAACAGAAGCCGAUUUAAUUGCACUUAUGGAUAAACAUGGAAUCGGCACUGAUGCAACCCACGCCGAGCACAUCGACACGAUAAAAUCACGUGAAUACGUGGGUAUGCGAGAUAACCAAUAUCUCAUACCUGGAAAAUUGGGCAUUGGUCUGGUGAUGGGAUACGACAACAUGGGAUUCCAGAUGUCGAAGCCCAACCUCAGGGCUGAGCUUGAGAACGACUUGAAACUGAUCUGCGAGGGGCAAAAAACACCCCAGGAAGUUUUACAGACUCAAGUCAAUAAAUACAGAGAGGUCUUCAGAGUUGCACUGAAUCGUGCGAAUUUAAUUGACACAGCCCUGUCUGAGUAUCUGGACGAGAGGCCGAGUAAUGCUCCUGAGCUGGAGAUGACAGAGCCUCCUGAGGAGGUGACGGUAUUCAAAUGCCCCAAAUGUGGAUGCAACAUGACUCUGAAGGACAAACGACAAGGGAUGGGAAAGUACAUUGGUUGCAUGGGGUUUCCAGGCUGCAACAAUGCCAUUUGGUUCCCCGAUAGUGUGACUGCAGUGGAAGUUCUUCCAAACACCUGUAACAGGUGUCAGGGUUUCAGGAAGUUGAAGGUGAAAAUUCGACCUGGUGCUAUUCUAUUACUGGGCAAUGAAGUGGAGACGUGUAUUGGGGGUUGUAAUCAGAUGUUCAAUGAGAUCAUGGGAAUUCGAGAGGCCUGUAUCAGGAGGGGAGCUGGUCUUCCAGACAGUGGAUAUGGGACCAGUCAAAGAUCUACGCAGGAAUCUGCAUCAAGUGCCCCUGCAAGAUUGUCAAACGAAAACACUCGGCUUGCACCAAGACUUCCACCUCCACGUCCUCCAAACCCCCAGGGGCCCAGAAGACCCCCAGAAAAUCCCAGAAAUAAAAAACGCACUAAUGACGAGGGGCCUGAUCCCCCAGGCUCCAAGAAACCCAGAGUUGCAGCUCCCAGAUCGGCCAGCACCUCCCGAGACAACUCUUCCUCCUUCGUAUGCAAUUGUCAUCAGCCAGCACUGCAACUCACUGUACGAAAGGACGGGCCGAACCAAGGGAGACUAUUCUACAAAUGCUCCAAACCUCAAGGCACUGGCUGUGACUUCUUCCUCUGGGCUGACGAUGGAGAUCAUGGACAGGCUGAUCAAAGAAAUCAAGCACCACCACCACCCAGAGUGAGUAAUAAUGCGAGAAGAAUCGACGACUGGGACCCUGCCCCACAAGGUGGUGACGGAAAUCAACGUCAAGGGGAUGAUAAUGCCCCUCGGUGUCAGUGUGGAGAGCCAGCGAAGAAACUGACUGUCAGGAAAGAGGGGCCUAAUCAAGGGAGACAGUUCUGGGGCUGUCCUCAGGGGAUGGGGAGUUCUUGUAAAUUUUUUGAGUGGGCUGAUGACGAUGGGACGAAUAAUUCUGGGGGAUUCGGUGGCGGAGGAGGGGGUGGCGGAAGAGGCGGAAGAGGAGCAAGAGGUGGCAGGGGUGGACGAGGUGGCAGAGGUGGAACCGGUGUCAAGAGAAAAUGUGGUGUCUGUGGGGUUGAGGGUCACACGAAGAGGACUUGUCCGGAAAAUGCCAAUUCACAUCACUAGUCCAUAUUUAGUAGUUUAUUAUUUGUACAGAGAGUAAUUUUAUAUCACAUUUUUAUACGCCCAGUGCCUUAAUCAAGAAAAAUUGUGAUAAUUGUUGAUAAUUAUUUUCGAAAUCGCGAUAGUUGUUUCUUGAGAGUGUCGAUUUCGCCUUUUUGGUGCUCUGCUUCAACUGUUGUCUCUGUGAUCUGUAAAAAUGGUUUACGAAGUCGAUAUUUUAUUUAUUGACUUUGGUGUCUCGAGGAGGACGGAUUUCGGGAACGUCGGGAACUUCUUACCAUAUCUAGGAGCAGAUCGAAUUUUAUCUUCAAUAAAUUAUUUUCUUCUUCAA